CAUUAUCAUAUCAUACCAGUCGGAGAAGAAACACACAUUGGAGCAUUGGGUAACCGUACAGAAAGACAGAUUAUUUCAUAUUUUUGGGUUAAAAUAAUAGUAGUAUUAUUGUGUUUAUUGCUUAAAUAUAAUUGAAAGCUUAGUUUUGUUAUUAGAGGUGCUGUAAGAGUGUUUUGUGACGUCAACGUGGCUAUUAAAUAGGUAUUUGUUUUGCUUGACCACACCGGCCGGAAUUCCUUGGGAACAAUGUUGAAAACAUUCGCCCGCCAAUUUUCAAAUCUGGCCGUGUACAAUUGGCGUCGCCCGGAAUCAGUACAAUUUCCGACGAUAUGGAGCCAAUUCGAACGCAAGGACAAAAAGGAUAACAAAUUGAGGAAGUUCAGAAUAACCGACGUCAGCGACAAGGAUAAAGGACUGCAGAAUGCCCUGGUUAAGCACAUGUGCGAUUUCUAUUUGAAAGACGAACCACUCUUCUUGGCAAUGAAUAUGAGAGAGGAUGCAAAAUCCGUCCAGGAGACCGAACAACUCUGGCACAAUAUUUUUUCCCAACGCAUAGUUUUGGCUUGUCUUGAGGAAACCCAGGACGGCGGCCUGGUCAAGUCUCCUGGUACAGAAGUUCCUCGAGUAGUCGGUUGCAAUUUUACAUUCGUUACCAAGAAAGGACAACCAAAAAUACAACCCGAUGGAAAAUGUUUCAAAAUCUUCCGGGACGCCAACGACUAUUUGGCCUCAUUCACCGACUGCUACGCCCACUACGGCGUAGACGAGUACCUCUACGCUUUCGGUUUGAGCGUAGACCCCGAUUACAGAGGAAUGGGAGUGGCCAUGGAAAUUUUAAAGGCCAGAAACGAGAUGGGCAGAAAGGUUGGUUUAAAGGCAACAGUGACCACUUUCACAGCCCUAGAGUCUCAAAAAUUGGCAGAAAAGGCUGGUUAUGAAACCCUGGUGGAAAAAUCCUACGAGCAAAUGGAAAAAGACAAUCCUCUGUUUAAGUUUCCAGGAAUUCAGACUAAAACUGCAAAACUGAUGGGAAUGAAAUUGUAACUGGAGAAAGGAAGAAAAUGUUGAAUA